AUGUCGGCUUUUGCUCUUGUUAUUCUUUUCUCUGUACUUCUUUCAGGAGCUUUUGCUCUCCAACCCACUUCAGAAAUAUUCCCAAAAUCACAAAGCCGGGUUGGUUUGAGCAUAAAGUCCAAGUCUUUGCAGGGAUCUCAUGUUGUACUUGCUGGAAACAGCACAGUUUUGAGUGCUAACAAGACAUUUGAGUUGGGAUUUUUCAGCACUGGUUCUGUUGAUGACAAAGAAAACUGGUACUUGGGCAUUUGGUAUGCUUCAAUUCCUAACCCGACUUAUGUUUGGGUUGCCAAUCGAGAAGAUCCCAUCAAGAAUGUGUCUUCUGCAAGCCUUGAAAUCACUGAGGAUGGGAAGCUAGCUGUGAAAGAAGAAGAUUCAGGAACCAUUGUUUGGCAAACCAACAAUGUGGAGAAAGGGAAGUAUUCUCUGAUAUUGAGGCCUCCGUAUUAUGGUGAGAUUGCCCUUGUGUAUAUUGAUGUUGAUAAUUCUCCUUAUUAUUAUUGGUCAACUGGGAAUUGGACUGGAAAUGCAUUUGCAGGAGUACCAGAAAUGACUGUCCCAUACAUUUAUAAUUUUCAUUUUGAUAAUCCUUUUACUGCCAUGGCAUCUUUUGGUUACAAUGAGGUGUCUUUAGAAACUGGUUUGAGUCCUCCUUUAACUAGGUUCUAUUUGGACUACGAAGGACUAUUGCAGCAGUUCACAUGGUCCCCUCAGACAGGAUAUUGGAAUAUGUUCUGGUCUCAGCCUGAGAAUGUAUGUAAAGUUUAUGGAUUGUGUGGGAAUUUUGGGUUCUGUAAUGCUAAGUUAUUCAAACCAUGUAAGUGCUUCAAUGGCUUCCGUCCAGUGAAUCAGGUUUCCUGGGAUGCAGGGGAAUUUUCGGGUGGAUGUCACCGUGAAGGUCGUGAGCUUUGUCGGAAGAACGAUGGAUUUGGAGAUGCGGGAGUGGUGAGUUAUGAGGGGGCAACAGUGUCUUCAUUUACUGGGGGUAGGAGUGUGUGUGAAAAGACAUGUUUAGGUAAUUGUUCAUGUAUUGGUUUACACCAUAAUGAGAGGAGUAAUUUAUGCAAGAACUUGUAUGGAUCUCUGCUUAACCUCAAAAAUCAAUCUUCUGAUAGCACAAUUGAGGAGACACUGUACUUGAGGGUGCCAAGGAGCAGUACUAAGCAGAACACCAGGACUAAACUGGCUCUGAUCGAAGCAAUAUGUGGAUGUCUAGCCAUUCUUCUUGUAGGAUUGCCAAUCGUGUUGUUUUUACGCCGCAGAAGAAAUAGGAAAAGGAAAGAGGAUGAAGAAGGCAUUUUUCCUGUGACGAAUCUGAGAGUGUUCUCCUACAAAGAGCUUCAUGCUGCUACUAGGGGAUUCUCAGAAAAGCUUGGCCAUGGUGGAUUUGGGGCAGUGUUUCAAGGGGAGCUAUCUGAUUCCACACUAGUUGCUGUGAAGAGACUAGAAAAGCCAGGUGAAGUAUUAGGGGGACGGCGCAAUGUAGAGGGCCCGCCCUCUGCUGGUGGAGGUGUAGGCGGUGGAACAGAGAAAUGGUUUUUUCCACCCUGGGCAGCUAGUCAGAUAAUAGAGGGCAGAAUUGCUGCAGUGGUUGAUCAGAGACUCGCUAAUGCAAAAGGAGAGGGAAGCAAUAAUGGCUCACCCUCCAAGAAAUCAUCACCAUCAUCACCUCAGAAACUUGUGGUGCUGGAAAUGGAAUCACCAUUCUUGGAUGGUUCCACCACCUCUUCAUCCCAUGAGGAGGCGGUUGUUCUCCACUCGGCACCCUCCACCGUGUUAGUUAAUGGCUGGGAGGAGGGAGGAGAUUAUCCUCACGUGCGCAGCUUUGAGGAUGUGAGAAAUCUAUGGUACAUUGAAUCUGGGAAGCUUUGGUCUAUAGCAGCACCAAUUGCAUUCAAUAUUCUUUGUAAUUAUGGGAUUAAUUCAUUCACCAACAUUUUUGUUGGCCAUAUUGGGGAUGUGGAGCUCUCUGCCAUUGCAAUUUCCUUAUCAGUUAUUGCAAACUUCUCGUUUGGUUUCUUGCUUGGGAUGAGUAGUGCUCUUGAAACAUUAUGUGGACAGGCAUUUGGGGCUGGCCAAGUAGAUAUGCUUGGUGUUUACAUGCAAAGAUCAUGGAUAAUCCUAACAGUUGCAUGCAUAAGUCUAAUGCCACUUUACAUCUAUGCAACACCAGUACUAAAGCUAUUAGGCCAAAGGGGUGACAUAGCAGAUAUGGCAGGAAGGUUUUCGAUCCAAAUUAUACCCCAAAUGUUCUCUUUAGCCAUCAAUUUUUCAACACAAAAGUUCUUACAAGCACAAAGCAAAGUAGGAAUUCUAGCUUGGGUCGGAUUUGUGGCUCUGGUAUUACACAUAGGGGUGCUUUUUCUCUUCGUUAGUGUGUUUAAAUGGGGAACGGCGGGUGCUGCUGCAGCUUACGACAUUUCUGGUUGGAUCAUUUCUCUAGCUCAGGUUGUGUAUAUUCUUGGUUGGUGUAAAGAUGCAUGGAAGGGAUUCUCCUGGUUGGCCUUCAAAGACAUUUGGUCUUUUGUAAAGCUUUCAGUAGCUUCAGCAGUGAUGCUCUGCCUUGAAAUUUGGUACUUCAUGAGCAUUAUUGUUCUCACCGGACACCUUGAAGAUCCUGUUAUUGCAGUUGGCUCCCUUUCCAUAUGUAUGAACUUGAAUGGAUGGGAAGGCAUGCUUUUCAUAGGAAUCAAUGCAGCAAUCAGUGUUAGAGUGUCUAAUGAGCUGGGGUCAGGACAUCCAAGGGCAGCAAAAUAUUCAGUUUUUGUGACUGUUUUCCAAUCAAUGGUAAUUGGGAUUUUGAGCAUGUUUGCCAUAAUGGCAACCAAGAACCAUUUUGCCGUAUUGUUCACAAACAGUGAGAAAAUGCAGAAAGCUGUGGCUGAUUUAGCUUAUUUGCUAGCUGCCACCUUAGUCCUAAACAGUAUCCAACCAGUCAUAUCAGGGGUUGCUGUUGGAGGAGGCUGGCAAGGACUUGUGGCUUACAUCAAUUUGGCUUGCUAUUAUGUUAUUGGGCUUCCUCUUGGAUUCUUGUUGGGCUAUAAAGCAAAAUUAGGUGUUCAGGGAAUAUGGAUGGGAAUGAUAUUUGGGACAUUUUUACAAACGUUAAUACUAUGUUACAUUGUGUGGAAAACCAAUUGGAAUGACGAGGUUGCUCAAGCAUCAGAACGGAUGCGAGAGUGGGGUGGUUCAAACGAAGAACGUGGAUUACAUUGA